GGUGGUUCAUGGGGAAACUGCCUGCCUGCCUGUCUGUGUGUCUGUCUGUGUGUCGCUCAGCCGUUUUUUGUUGUUGUUCCUCUGGAGAGUGGUGUUUGAACGGUGAGCAGGAGCAUAAACAAACCGCUGAGGAAGGAGGAAAAAAGACGCACGGACAGAAGACGGAGGUCCGUCUGGAGAGGGAGCAAGCAGCCGGAGGGAAGCUAUUGUGUUCGGGGUCCGCGGAGGGCUCCGACUGGGGGAUUCACCCGGGAGCUGAGAGGGGAGGGGGUGGGGUAAAAAGGAGCCUCUAGGACGCCGAGGGAAGGAGCCUGAUAGUCGGACACGCUUUCCAGGCUCUCGCCGCCGUGGCGAUUGAACAGUUCAGAAGGAAGCCGCGGGGAGCCUGAGUGAAUGGGAUGGAGCCGGGACCAUCUGCAGCUGUGCCCAUGGGGCUGUACCCCCCGCCCCUGCAGCAAGUCUUCCAGGCUCCCCGGAGGCCGGGCAUGGGUACCGUUGGGAAGCCCAUCAAGCUGCUGGCCAACUACUUUGAGGUGGAGAUCCCCAAGAUGGACGUCUACCACUACGAGGUGGACAUCAAACCCGACAAGUGUCCUCGUCGAGUCAACAGGGAAGUCGUGGAGUACAUGGUACAGCAUUUUAAACCGCAGCUCUUCGGGGACCGCAAGCCGGUGUACGAUGGCAAGAAGAACAUCUACACAGUUUUGGCCCUUCCUAUAGGAAGCGAGAAGGUGGACUUUGAGGUGACCAUUCCGGGUGAAGGGAAAGACCGGAUCUUUAAGGUGUCCAUCCGCUGGCUGGCGAAGGUGUCAUGGCGGCUUCUGCAGGAGACGCUGGUGAGCGGGAGGCUCCAGGUUCCUCUGGAUUCAGUCCAGGCUCUGGAUGUGGCCAUGAGACACCUGGCUUCUAUGAGAUACACUCCAGUGGGUCGCUCCUUCUUCUCCCCACCUGAAGGCUACUACCAUCCCCUGGGAGGAGGACGAGAGGUCUGGUUCGGGUUUCAUCAGUCCGUACGGCCGGCUAUGUGGAAGAUGAUGCUCAACAUUGACGUGUCAGCCACUGCGUUCUACAAAGCGCAACCGGUCAUCGAGUUCAUGUGUGAGGUCCUGGACAUCCGCAACAUUGACGAGCAGCCCAAGACCUUAACCGAUUCCCAAAGGGUUCGCUUCACCAAGGAGAUCAAAGGACUGAAGGUAGAAGUGACGCACUGCGGUCAGAUGAAGAGAAAGUAUCGAGUGUGUAACGUCACGCGCCGUCCCGCCAGUCACCAGACGUUUCCUCUGCAGCUCGAGAGUGGACAGACGGUGGAGUGUACAGUGGCGCAGUAUUUCAAACAGAAGUACAACCUGCAGCUGAAGUACCCUCAUCUGCCUUGUCUGCAAGUGGGCCAGGAGCAGAAACACACCUACCUGCCCCUGGAGGUGUGUAACAUCGUAGCAGGGCAGCGAUGCAUCAAGAAACUGACCGAUAAUCAGACGUCCACUAUGAUCAAAGCCACGGCUCGCUCCGCACCCGAUCGACAGGAGGAGAUCAGCAGAUUGAUGAAGAACGCUAAUUUUAAUCUGGACCCCUACAUCCAAGAGUUUGGGAUCAAGGUGCGAGACGACAUGGCGGAAGUGACGGGCCGAGUUCUUCCUGCUCCCAUUCUACAGUAUGGAGGCCGGAACCGCGCUAUCGCUACUCCCAACCAGGGAGUGUGGGACAUGCGAGGGAAACAGUUCUACAACGGCAUCGAGAUCAAAGUGUGGGCCAUCGCCUGCUUCGCCCCGCAGAAACAGUGUCGUGAAGAAGUGCUCAAGAACUUCACAGAUCAGCUGCGCAAGAUCUCGAAGGACGCCGGGAUGCCCAUCCAGGGCCAGCCGUGUUUCUGUAAGUACGCACAAGGAGCCGACAGCGUGGAGCCCAUGUUCAGGCACCUUAAGAACACCUACUCCGGCCUGCAGCUCAUCAUCGUCAUCCUGCCCGGGAAAACACCUGUUUAUGCGGAGGUAAAGCGUGUAGGAGACACUCUUUUAGGAAUGGCCACUCAGUGCGUGCAGGUGAAGAACGUGGUCAAGACGUCACCGCAGACGCUCUCCAACCUCUGUCUAAAGAUCAACGUCAAACUCGGCGGCAUCAACAACAUCCUGGUACCACAUCAACGGUCCGCAGUGUUCCAGCAGCCCGUCAUCUUUUUGGGUGCAGACGUAACACACCCACCAGCCGGAGACGGGAAAAAGCCCUCCAUUACUGCAGUCGUGGGCAGUAUGGACGCCCACCCCAGCCGAUACUGUGCCACUGUGCGGGUACAGAGGCCGCGGCAGGAGAUCAUCGAGGAUCUCUCCUACAUGGUUCGUGAGCUCCUCAUCCAGUUCUACAAGUCCACACGCUUCAAGCCCACCCGGAUCAUCUUCUACAGGGACGGCGUUCCCGAAGGCCAGCUACCACAGAUUCUGCACUACGAGCUGCUAGCCAUCCGGGACGCCUGCAUCAAGCUGGAGAAGGAUUACCAACCCGGCAUCACCUACAUCGUCGUGCAGAAGCGCCACCACACUCGGCUGUUCUGUGCAGACAAGUCAGAGAGGAUUGGAAAAAGUGGUAACAUUCCAGCAGGAACCACAGUCGACACCAGCAUCACUCACCCCUUCGAGUUCGAUUUCUACCUGUGCAGUCAUGCAGGAAUUCAGGGCACCAGUCGACCAUCACAUUACUACGUGCUGUGGGACGACAAUCGCUUUACCGCCGACGAACUCCAGAUUCUCACCUACCAGCUGUGCCAUACGUACGUACGCUGCACCCGCUCCGUCUCCAUCCCAGCACCGGCCUACUACGCCCGACUCGUGGCCUUCCGUGCACGCUACCACCUGGUGGACAAAGAGCACGACAGUGGCGAGGGAAGCCAUGUCUCAGGUCAGAGUAACGGUCGGGACCCCCAGGCUCUGGCCAAAGCGGUGCAGAUUCACCAUGAUACCCUGAGGACCAUGUACUUCGCCUAAGAGCCUCACCUCACCUCACACCAAGGUCGAUCGCGCACCACAAGCCUCGUCAGCUCCUCGCGCUCGAGCCAGUACACACUACAAAUCCGACGCACCUCAACAGAACUUGAUCCAGCAUCAUGCCCUCAUCUGGCAGGCCUGAGCCUCGUUUACCAUGUUUAUUCUUUUUUUGUUGUUGUUGUUUUUAAAGUGUAUUGUUGUUUACUACCUUCACACAGUAUACGUAUGUAUGUUCGUAUGCAAUACCAAGGAGAAGCAAAGGCACAAUUCACCUGAAGAUCUGACUGCCACUACGUACGACGCUUCAUCUCGCAUCAGUGUCGGAGGGAAAACAAGCGUCGACGUCUUUUUGUGUUGUUUUAAUUCUUGCUCCAUGGACACUUUUAUGUUUUUUAUUUUUUUGUCUUUUUUUUAUUUCGAGCAGCCUUGAAUGAAAAAUUUUAGCACUUAGAGUUAGCUUUUAGACACCGUGAGCUAAGCGGUUUCUCUCUUUGUCUCUCUCUCUCUCUCUCUCUCUCACUUUCUCUCUGUCCUUUGGACCGUAGCAAACCGUGGAUGCUGGAGACGCAUCGCUGUGCUAAGAGCUCUCGAGUGUAGCCGAUCGUAUGUAGACAUGCCUACGUAGUCAGGGGCGGCACUAGCAUAACUAUAGAUAGAGUGCUUUUUUAUGGAACUCCAAAGGGGUCAUAUGAUGUAUUUUUCUUCCCUGAAUCAUGCAGGCAUCUUAAGCUCCACUCCAUAGCAUAAGGCUGAAGUGGUAGCUCUUGAGUUAAAAAGCAGCAGUUCAACCUGACAUGAAUGUACACAAUUUCCAAUGUCGUUUAGCCCAACCAAAAAAAAGUCUGUUUCCUUCUCCAGUUUUGCACAGAUGCUCUGAGGCUAAUGGAGCUAAAAAAUAAGGAAAGCUAGUAGCCUCCGGAUUAGCAUUGGGCAAACUGCGUGUUAGACUGGUACAAAGUGAAGUUAUAUUCUGGGUUAAAAAGGAAAUUGUGGACAUUUCUUUUGGACGUGAUUUGGGGGUACAGUCCCCCCUGUGUCCAAAUGGGUUCCUGCUUGGUUUUCCAGUUUCCCCCUACUUUCCAAAAACAAUAGAAAAAAGGUUAAUUGGAUAUUUUAUGUCUCUGUGAUCGACUGAGUUAACAUCCAGGGUGUAUUCCUGCCUCGAACCAGCAUUCCCAGGAUAGAGUCCUUGAUCCACAGAACCAGGCUUAAGAUAAAUGGAUGUUUCUAGCAAUGUUCGUAUUUUAGUCAAAAUCUUGGUAUUACCCCAAAAAAUUUUACCACAUGACCUCUUUGGACAUCCAUAUUUUUUUUUUAUAAGUUCCUUCUAUGUGUGAGACACAGAAACCAGCAUUCUGAACUAGCCAAAUGUGAUGCCAACCAUUCAAGGAGGCUCUUAUCUUUUCAAAAACGUGCAUCUGUUCCAGACAGACUCGUCUGUAUGUGAGGAAACUGACCGUGCAAGCAUUCUGGCACUCUGUAGAUAAAUAACAGAGAGGCGAGAUCACACACACACACACACACACACACACACACACACACACACACAAACAAAUCUUUCUUCCUUUUCCACAAGAGCCUUCCAGCAUCUCUUUAACUGGUCUGUACACAAAAGCAAUACAAGAUCUUUCACAGCCGUCGUUAGAGCUCUCUGCUCACACUGCACAUUCCACAAUCUGAGAAGGACAUGACACACUUCCCCUCCUGCUUUCGCUUAUUCUCGCACUAACUUAAAGGACACAUGAACAUGUUCUUUUUUUUUUUUUUUUUUUGUGUGUAAUACCCACCAUGUAGCUACCCACCUCCUUCUCCUACGUCGAAACAUGAAAGCUCUGCCAUAGGCCGGGUCAUGCACAACCCACCAGUCUCAAAGCCCAAGUCGCAUCCUCCUCCCAUGGAGCAGCCACGAUACACUUGCAUGCACACACACACACACACACACACACACACACACACACACACACACACGUAUAUCUGCCUGGAUUUCUGCCAGAUGUGUACCAUGUACACAGGAAUUGAUGAAACAUUUUGCGUGUUUUUUUUUGGUUUUUGUUUUCUUCCCAUUCUUUCUUUACCCAUCCAUGUCAUUGUGGUUUCAUGUAUUGCAUGUUUAAAUUGUGACCGGAUCCUCAGUAACCACGUUCCCUUCGUUUCUAUGCCGUAAAUUGUUCUUAUUAAUUGUAAAUGCACUUGUCACCCCUCGGUUCCCACCAAAGGGGUCACUGUAAGGGGGGGUGGGGUGAGGGGUGUCUUCACUUUUACUUAUUUCAGCCUCAAAAAGCACCUCAAAUCGAAAUGGUAUUGCCUCACAAACGGUCCAUUGAAAUUCGAUCUCGGUUGUACAGGUUUACGUUUUGCAAUGAGUAUUAUGUUUCAGCCAAUAUCAACUCGAAAUGUAUUUAUAACUUGAUACGGCCUCCGGUGGCCAGAAUUGUGAGAGCUCCGAUCUGAUCCGAUCCGAUCCAGCAGUUUUAUAUCAUGAUGCAGUAGUCAAAUCACAAGUCAAAGGAGCCUCAAGUGUAGAGAGGGGAGCAACAAGCCCCUCAGACCCAAAGAGAAGGAACUGAAGAUUGAACUUGGACUCAAAAUAGCCUCACUGUAAAAGCAAUACAAAGCCACUGCAAAAGAACAGCCCUUAUCUUAGCACUUCCUAAUAGGCUGAUUUGGAAGUACAUGUGAACGAAGUUAUUUUGGCUCUGUAUGUAAUAAUGUUUGGGACGGUUAUUUUUUUAAUACUGAAAUAAAAGUUGUUUUUUAUGAA